AAAUGUGUCUGUUUAUGUCACAUGGUAAGCAACCACCAUAGUUUACAAAAUGGCUGCCGGCUACAAAUGGCAAUGUUUAUGAAGUAAAUUUAAUAAGUGCUUAAUUUAUGGACGGUGUGAUGGUAUAUAUACAGUACUAACAUUAACUAACAAAGAUGGAGGCUAGAUGUGGAGGUCUGCUGUUUACGUCCAAGUUUGAUUCAGGCAAUCUUGCACGAGUUGAGAAGGUUACAAAAGAUGAUGAUGACGAUGACUCUGGAGGUGGUAAAUACUUCAGUGAGAUAAAAGCAGACUAUGAGUUUAAUGUGUGGACAAAACCAGAUUGUGCUGGUACUGAAUUUGAAAACGGCAACAGGUCCUGGUUUUAUUUUGGUGUACGAGGUUGGAAUCCAGGUCGUCUGAUCAAAUUAAAUAUUGUAAAUAUGAACCGUCAGGGAAAGCUGUAUAGCCAGGGACACUCACCUAUAGUUAAAACUGUGCCAGGGCGACAGAAAUGGGAAAGAAUAAGAGAUAGACCUUCAUAUGAGACUGUGGAUGGACAGUUUAUCCUGUCAUUUACAUAUCGUUUCCCAGAAUUCCGAGGUGCUACAACUUAUUUUGCAUUUUGUUAUCCCUGGUCUUAUACAGAAAGUCAAGAUUGCCUGCAGGAACUUGAUAAAAAGUUCCAUCAUUGUAAAAAUGUAACAAGUGAAAGUGCUGCAGAUAGUAUCUACUAUCAUAGAGAAUUAUUGUGUUAUUCGCUAGAUAAGCUACGCAUUGACCUCAUCACAAUAUCCUCGUGUCACGGUAUUAUCAAUGAGAACGAGCCUCAUUUUGACUCAAACUUGUUCCCAGAGAGAAAUACAGAACAAAGAUGUAAAAAAUUCAAAGGCAAAAGGGUAUAUUUAUUAAGUAGCCGUGUACAUCCAGGUGAGACCCCAGCAAGUGCUGUAUUUAAUGGAUUUAUAGACUUCAUUUUACGUGAAAAUGAUCCACGUGCCAAAUCACUACGUAAACAUUUUGUAUUUAAGUUGAUUCCUAUGUUGAAUCCGGAUGGUGUAUCGCGGGGGCAUUAUCGUACCGAUCAACGAGGUGUCAAUCUUAACAGACUUUAUCUAGAUCCAAGCUUCGACUUUCACCCGUCCAUCUAUGCAUCAAAAAGUUGUUUAGUGUUUUACCAUGUUAUGAAUCGAGUUGUUCAUGAGGAAGAUGAUAAUGUUGAUAUUGAUAUAAAUUUUCCUGGAGGAUUUGUAUUGUCUAGUCACAACAGCCACAAUCUCUAUGUUCAUAGAAAAGAGAAAAAUAAAAACAUGAAUGCUAACCCUCUUACAGAGAGGAGCACUAUAAGUGCACAUAGCUCGCAGAGUUUAACAAGUAGUGAAUCAACUUUAAAAAGUUAUCAUGGUACACCAAGACAACAGCUGAAUGCAGCUGGAAAUUAUGACUCUAAAAUGUACAACAAAACUCCUAGAGGUACACCCAGACAUCCGGAACCAAAACCUGCCCAUGACUAUGAGAGUAGUCAUAUAUCAAAUGGAGAUUUAGAAAUUUACACCAUAGAACAAACCAGUCAUAAUACAGUAUUUAUGUCACAUACUCCAAAACCAAGUCAAAUCUCAGGUACACCACGACACAGCAUUACUAAAUCAGAAUCUCCUACAAAGUUUACUUCUCCCAAGGUGGAGAGAUUAAAUCUUGGAGAUUUAGUAGAAUCAGACAGUGAUAAUGCCCUACGUAAAGAGAAAUCAAACAUUGCUGAUUCUAUACGGCUAUCAUCUUCAACAUCAAGUUUUGCUAGUAGUUAUCAAGGUGAGAAAGAGAGAGUUGAUAGUGAUCUAAGGUUAAGAUUGUCUCAGAUGACGAUGUCUGAUGAUUUCCGUGGUCGUCUCUCUAAAGGAAUCAGUAUUAUGAGUCAGCAUGUGAUUGACUCCGAUGAUGACGAAGAUAUUAACACAGAAAAUCUCGGGAAUGAAGGAUCUGAAGACGAGAACGAUAAUACUCCAUCUGUGAUAUCAAACAAUAAUGCCCCACAUUUACAUCAUGCCAAGUUAAGGGAUAUCCCUCCAUGUGACAGUGGUAUAGCAUUCUAUGUGGAUUUACACGGACAUGCUUCUAAAAGAGGAUGCUUUAUUUAUGGAAAUUUUCUUGAAAAUGAGGACACUCAAGUUGAGAACAUGUUGUUUCCAAAGUUGAUAUCAAUGAAUACAGCCCACUUUGACUUUACUGGAUGUAACUUUACAGAGAGGAACAUGUACACGAAGGAUAAGAGGGAUGGUAUGUCAAAGGAAGGUAGUGGGAGAGUAGCAAUAUACAAGGCAUUAGGCAUUAUACACAGUUACACACUAGAAUGUAAUUACAAUACUGGACGUAUGGUAAACCCUGUACCCCAGGCGUACGGGGAUGAUGGGCGGGCUACACCUCCACCACUGGCUGGUUUCCCACCAAAAUACACACAGGCACACUUUGAAGAGGUUGGUCGGGCUCUAGCUAUUGCUGCUAUAGACAUGUUUGAUGUUAAUCCAUGGUCACGACUGACCUUAUCUGAACACAACUGUCUAUCUGGUGUACGUGAUUCUGUGAGAAGAUUCCUUCGAAGUAUACGUGGAGGUCCCAGAAUUCCUAGAAACCCGUCUAAACCUCUCUCCAGGAGUAAUAGUAUAAAUAGUACAAGCAAUCAGGGUGCUACACGAGGGUUCAGAUUUGGUAAUAGUAAUGACAAUUCUGGACCGAGUAGACAAACAAUGUCCCGUCACAACUCAACAGAAUCAACAACCUCCAUGACAAGUGUUGCAUCACGCUACUCACGACGGGAAUCUGUCAACCAGAACAGGCGGGAAUUAGGACCUGUUAGAGAAACCACUCGGUCAAACAUGGCACAGAAUAGAAGACGUCCAAAUGUUCCCAACAGUCAACCAGUGAGUAGAUCAGCUCCACAAGCUUCAUCAUCCGGGUCACAACCAGUCAGUCUCACCAUGACAACAGCUGCCAUGGAUACAAAAGAAGGCAGACAAUAUUCCGCUGGUAGUAAUUUAUCACAGUUGUCUAGAAUGGCUGAAGAAGAGAAGGUAGAACAAUUGAAGAAUAUGUCAAAUUUGAUGAAUUUGGCCAAGAAAGGUCCAGGACCAAAUAGUCGUAUACCUCUUCCUACAGGUCGAUAUUUCCUGAACCUAUCUCCUUCAGAAAUCCCGCCUCCAAGGACUCCUGUUCACAGCAAUGUCCGCCCACCUAAAUCAGGUGGUAUGCGCAAAGCUAGCAUGGAACGAACAUUACCUUUAGAAUCACCUUCCACAUAUAGAGGUUUGACGCCUGUAGGUCAGUCUGGGAGAGAAAUACUUGAUAUACCUAAAGCCAGUGCUACAUCAUUAUCUCAUCAUCAGGCCAAACCUACAACCAUUGAAGCUAACAUGAACGUCAAUAACAAUGAAUCAGAAUCUCAGAAAAGGCGUCGCAGAUACACGAUGUUGAAGAGACGUAAUUUAACAAAUCAAUCUCCGAGUUCUGGUAAAAACAGUGGUGGUAAUAUCCGCUCUGUUGUACGCCCAGCACAAGAUUCAGGAAGUGAGGCAGAUAAAGGCGGGAAAUCAAAAAGAAAAAGAAAGAAAUCCUCGAGAAAAAAUGUUUCCAUGGCUUCACCAUCAUCUGAUGAUACAGGCCAAGUACAAGGACCCUUGUUUAAGCCCGUGCCAGCAUGGCAUGCAAUGACUAUAUUAAACAGUGGUAAAAGAAACCUCUUACAUCAGACUUCAAAACACGCCACCAAUAUCGGCGACGGGACAGUUCCGCGAUCACAUGGACAGUUAUCGGCAUCAUCAACAGCAACAACUUACAGACAGGCACCACAAUCAAACAGAGGUAGCUCAGGUUUGGUAAAUCUAGAGACAUAUUUACGUCAAGCUGGAAAUCUUCGACCACCACCAAGACCCACAAAUAUCAAUCCUAAUAAACUGAACAUAUUUUGGGUAGAUUACUGAUGAAUGCAGUUCAACAAUGUAUAAACAGCAACAGUUAUAAGUGACCUUAAGAGUUACAGUAUUCAAUUGUUAGCUUUUAGUGUAUUUAUUUAACUUAAAAACAAAGUGAUCCUGUUUAAACCAGGUUUUGUUUUGUUAAAGAUCAUUUCAAAUUAAUCAUCACUGGAUAAGUGAAAGAUAAAUUUGAGAAAAAAAUUGUCAAAUCUUUACCUCUAAUGAACAAUUUUGACUGAUUUAAGGCGAAAGUAUUAAAAGGUAUUCAUGCAGCAUUUUUGUUAAGUAUAUACAUGUAUAGGUAAUUGAUUGUGUUAGUAAAUGAAUUACUUAAACCAUUUUAAACUCUAUUGGUACGGCUUGUAUAAACAUAACAAUGAGAUCAAUGUCUCUACUGUAGUCCCUACCAUUUAUCAUUUGAUCUAAUGAAAGCUGCUGGUCAUAUAUUAAUCGGCAUGCAUCUAUAUUUUGUUGUAGAUUUUGAUUAAGAAAACUUAAUGGUUAUGAUUUUCACAUUUGAUGGUUUUGUUUCUACACAGUUAAGCAAGUUAUGUAUAACUAUUGACUUCAUGCCUCUUGCUUCUCAUUGCUGAUAAAGCUGCCCAGCUAGCUUAUGGAUUGUCAUGGUUUCUCCUCCUUUGUGCCUAAAAUAAUGCAUAGAUAAGUGCUUCUGCUCUCUUCCCCUUCCUCCACCAGUAAAUUUUCAGCACCAUAUGACCUAAACUGUGCGCCAUUAAACCAAACAAAACACCAGUAAAGCUUGAAAUUGACUCUACAGUGUGAGUUUGACUCAAUACGAAACCAAAAAUGGCAACUUAUAUGUCACAUGUGUGUUGAAAAAACAUGUAUCAGUUAAUAAGGGACAGUACAGAUAUUUGAUUUUAAAAAUAUUCAGAUGUAUUAAUUACAUUUAAAUCCCUUCUAUAUCAAUAUAAGCAUUUUAUAAGCAUUACUGCAAUUUAAAAAAUAGUUAAAACUGCAAUUUAAUGUUAAUGUCAGCUUUUAAGAUCUUUUUUUUAAAGACAAAUGGUAUCAUUUUAUAUCUUUUAACAAUGUUAUCAUUUAAUAAUGGUGUUUAGGUAUUUAUACACAUAUUAUAAAGGCAUUACAUCAUACAUGUACUCAAGGCAAAUCGUUAUUGUUUUUUGUGACAAUUUGAUGGUUUUACCAGUUCUGUUUUCUUUAUAAGCAUUAUCUAAAAUUUGCUACAAUUCCUUCAGCAUUUUUAUACUAGAUAAAUUGUCUUGUUUUACCAUACAUUUAUAUUACAUAUUGUAUAAGUGUUGAGUUAGUGUUGUAGAAAUAUUGUGUUAACUAUUGUCACUGUUAAAAUCACACUAGAGUGUUUAUGAUAAUUGUUGUCCCACCCUUGUUUGCAGUAGGUUAAGGUCAUCCUAUGGAGAAAAAUAAUAAUAUUGGGAUACAAUGAGUUAAGAAUAAAGUUUUAUUGUGAAUUUUAACAUAAUUUAUAGGAAUGUCUUGUAUUUAUUGUUGUUUUUUUAUUUUAUAAGAUACAGAUAUAAGAUCUGACAUAUAUUUUUAGACAGGUUGAAUUUUUUUUAAGAAUUGAAGGUUUGAUCUAUUUGUAUCUAGUUCAUUGAUUAGUUUUUUCUAUAAAGUAAAAAUUGAUCUUUGAUCUUACAUUUCUUAUAGGGCAUGAUUUUUUCUGUAUAUGGACACAUAUUUUAAGGUAUGACCAUCCUUGAAUACUCUUCAAAGCAGAGGUAAUGCAUUAGGAUGGUCACACCUUAAUGUGAACUAUGUUGACAGUUGGUUUUGAUUUCUCUUAAUAAGCAGAGAGAUUACGGGUUAUACUGUACAUUGUAUUAAGAUAAAACUGCUGUGAUAGGUGAUAAAAUAUCUUCAUAUACAUUAGUAUAACACCAAUAUCAGGUUAUAUGUUCGGUAUUGUAUUAUAGGGGUGUCACAAUUAGCAAAAUGCCAACCGUUGAAACGGCAACUUAAUAACUGUGUUAAACAUUUAAAGGACCAUACAAAAAAAAAUCUUUGAUUUUAAUUUUUAACUUUGUUCUUUUUUUAUUGUAAGAUAAUACAUUUUUGUUGUAUUUUGUUAUACUUAAAAACAAUUACAUAACAUCUGAUUAUUGAGAAACUGAUAAGAUAAGAUAGCCUGCAAUCAGAAAAAUUAGAAAAAGUACAUUUGAGAUUCAAACACAAUGUCAUAUCUUGUCAUAAAGAAACAAAAGUUAUGUUAAAAAUUAAUCUUAAAUUUCUUAAUCUGUUGGUCUUAUACGAGUUCAGUUUUUUGGUUAUUAAAUUUUCAAACCUGUUUUUGGUUAUAAACUGACUGAACCCAUUUAAACGUGACACCCCUAUUGUAUUAUGAUGAUAUAAUCAUAUAUGAUAUUUUUGUCUUCCAAUAUUUUGCUGUUGUGUUGUUUUUUUUUCCUAAUGACAUGUUUCUGGAACAGUAAUGAUUUAUUAUAGAAGGUUGUAGGGGUGGUUAUAAUUAAAGUUUAUUAAAUAAAAUUGAGCCACGUCACGACAAAGCCAACAUAAUGGGUUUGCGACCAGCAUCCGCGCAGUCUGAUAAGGAUCCAUGCUGUUCGUUAUCAGUUUCUCUACUUGUAAUAGGGUUUGUGGAUCCUGAUCAGACUGCGCGGAUGCGCAGGCUGGUCUGGAUCCAUGCUGGUCGCAAACGGACUAUGUUGAUUUUGUCAUGACACAGCUCAAAUAUGUCUGGAGUUUCCUAGCGAGAUGUUCAUUAAUGUUUGUAUGAAAUAUAAAUUUUCUUGCCAUAAUAAUGUUCUAUGAUAUAUACUGUAUAGAAAAAUAAAGACAAUAAGUUAUUUCUUGAAGUAGAAGUAUAGAAAAUUGACUGUAGAGAGUUGAUAACUAGUUGUAGAAAUAUUUGUAAUCACAUGUUCACAUAUAGAAAGUUGUUGUGAGUUACACAUACCUAUAAAUAAAUAUUAUAAUUUAAUGUAUUAUCUAGAUGAUGAAUGUUUUUAGUAUGAGAAACUGAUAGUUUUCAUCAGUUUACAGAAAUUUCUUAAUGUUUUUUCUAAAAUACUUGUAGGUAUUUUUUAGUCUGGUCUUUAGUUUAUUAGGUAAUGUGAUUGUUAACAAACUAACAAUUGAGUGAAAUGUUGUGUUUAUACAAUGUUGAUAAUGUUCAUUUUAUAUGUUAUCUUCUUCUUUAUAACAUCUUGUUAACUAAAGUUGCCGGUUAGAAUUGUUAUUCUAGCACCAGUGAUAGAUAACUUAACUACUUGAAGAUCAGAAACUGAAAGUCUUAUUUUGAAAAAAAGCAAUAAUUGUCAUAUUAAACAGUGAACAAAAUAAACAUGUUUUUAUCAUACUUCAUGUAUUUCAUUAAAACAUAGUGACAGUGAACACACUGCUGUUGUAGUAGAGAAUAUUGCACAUAUCUGUGGACUAUAUAACACACAGUUUAUAGUAUACUGUAACAGUUAACAUUAUAUAGAACAGUGAACAUGUACGGUACUUAUAUACUGUAACAGUGAACAUUAAAUAGGAAAGUUAAUAUCUAUCAUACAUAUAUACUGUAACAUUAAACAUUAUAUUGAACAGUGAACAUGCAAGAUAUAAUUAUCAUACUGAAAUAGUGAACAUUAUAUAAAAACAGUGAACAUGCAAGAUAUAAUUAUCAUACUGUAACAGUGAACAUUAAAUAGAAAAGUGAACAUAAAAAAGUGAACAUAAUUAUAGAAAGAGUGUACAUUUUAGUUAUAAAUAUAAUACAUUGUACUUUAACAUAGACCAUUGUAUCAAAACAGUGAACAUAUUUGUUAUUAACAGUGAACAUUAUGAAUCAGUGCUUUUAUUAGCUCACCUGUCACAAAGUGACAGGGUGAGCUUUUGUGAUCGCUUUUCGUCCGGCGUCCGUCCGUCGUCCGUCCGUCCGUCUGUAAACUUUUGCUUUAAAUGACAUCUCCUCAUAAACCAACAAGCCAAUUUCAUCCAAACUUCACAGGAAUGUUCCUUUGGUGGUCACCUUUAAAAAUUGUUCAAAGAAUUUAAUUCCAUGCAGAACUCUGGUUGCCAUGGCAACCAAAAGAAAAAACUUUAAACAUCUUCUUCUAACAAACCCAAAGAGCUAGAGCUUAGAUAUUUGGCAUGAAACAUCUUCUAGUAAGUGUCUACCAAGUUUGUUCAAAGAAAAGUCCUGGUGUCAAAAUUGGCCCCGCCCCAGGGGGUCAUUGAUUUUUCCUAUAUGCAUAUAGUAAAAACUUAAAAAAUCUUCUUUUAAAGAACCCAAAGUGCUAGAGCUAAGAUAUUUAGCAUGAAACAUGUUCUAAUGGAUGUCUACCAAGUUUGUUCAAAUAAAAGCCCUGGGGUCAAAAUUGGCCCCGCCCCAGGGGGUCAUUGAUUUUCCCUAUAUGCAUAUAGUAAAAACUUAAAAAAUCUUCUUCUAAAAAACCCAAAGAGCUAGAGCUUAGAUAUUUGGCAUGAAA